AUGAUUGUUGUACUGAGAAUGGAUAAAUUUAAUGAAAAAUCAUUAAUUAAUGCUUAUGUAUCCAGAGAUGGUGAAAAUUUUGUUAGAGCAGAUUUAGAUAUUGAUAUAAAAUAUGGUGUCAUGUCAUUUUUACCAUCUUCUGUUUCUUCAUUAUUUUUAACAAUUAUGGAUUUUAAUUCUCGUGCUUUCCAAACAGCUUCAUUUUAUGGUUCUGAUUCUUCUGGAUUACACUUUACUAAACUAUUAGAUAAUGUUGCUGGUGGGAACAUUCAAAAAAUUGAAAACAUUGAUGGUGCCUGGAUAGCUAAUAUCGGUGUUGACUCUAACAAUCCAUAUGAUGGUGAUAAAUCCUUGUUGGAUAAUUUGUUUGGCGGUACUUAUGCCAAAAGCAUUGUUAGUAAAGUUUCUAUUAAUGAUGGUAAAGAUUGGUCAUUAAUCAAACUCAAUGAUAACAGUUGUAAAAUUGAAGAUGAAUGUUCAUUGCAUUUAUGGGACUUCACAGAAUUGGAUGGUGAAGGGAAAUUUGUUACUGGACCAACUCCAGGUAUCUUAUUAGGAGUUGGUAAUAAAGGUAAAAAUUUGGCUCAUGAGUUUGAGAAAAUGAAAACCUAUGUGUCACGUGAUGGAGGGGUGACAUGGAAUAAGGCAUUAGAUUUCCCAGCUGUAUUUGCCUUUGGUGAUCAAGGUAAUGUGAUUUUGGCAGUUCCUUAUAAUGGUAAGAAAAAAUAUGAAGCUGCCAAACAUUUCUAUUUUUCAUUAGAUCAAGGUAAAAGUUGGGAAAAAGUCGAUUUAGAGCAUCCAAUUUAUCCAUUAAGUAUAUUGACAACAAUUGACGGUACAUCACGGAAAUUUAUUAUUGGUGGUAUUGAUGAUUCUAGAAGAGCUGAAAACGAAUACAUUUAUUCUGUUGAUUUUACCAAUGCCUUUGAUGGUAAAACUUGUGGUGAUGACGAUUUUGAAGAGUUUGUCGCCAGGAAAUCAAAUGAUAAUGGCAAUGAUGAACCUCUUUGUGUUUAUGGACAUCGUGAAAAAUUUAGAAGAAGAAAACAAGAUGCCAAAUGUUUUGUCAAUAAAUUAUUUGAAGAUAUUAAAGUGAUUGAAGAUCCUUGUCAAUGUACAGAACAUGAUUUUGAAUGUGGUCCUGGAUUUAGACUUCUGGAAAAAGAAUCGACUAAUGUAUGUGUUCCUGAUCGUAAACAACUUACGCAAUUAUGUCAAUCUAAAAGUGAAAUUACUUUGCCUAAUAAAGUUUUAGUUGAAGGUAAUAAAUGUAAUAUGGGAGAUAAAAAAUUGGAAGAUUUUGUUUCUCAAGAAACAUUGAAAUGUUCAGAUUAUGUUGAUAAUGGUGGGGAUGGUAAUGGGGAUGAACAAAACCCUAAUCAAGGAGAUUCUAAUCAAAUUGAAGUUCAUAUUAAUGAUUUUGAAGGUAAAUUAUCCCAAUAUCAAUACAUCGCCGAAUCUAAAGAUAAUAAUGCUGCUGAUAAUGUUGUCAUCAAGACCAUGGAUGAUCGUCUUUGGAUAUCUAAUAAUGGAGGUGUUUCAUUUGUAAGAGUGCCAAUAUCUGAUAAAAUUCUUGGAUUUUAUGCCGGUCCAAUUCCUGGUCAAAUUACACUUAUAACGGCUACAAACAUUAUUUAUGUUUCUGAUGAUGGUGGUGCAACAUUUAUUAAACGGAAAGUUCCAACCCAACCAUCACCUAGAGUUGAUAGAGCUAUUGCAUUCCAUAGUAAGAAUGUGGAAAGAUUUAUUUGGUUUGGUGAAGAAUGUGAAUCAAAUGGUAGAUGUACAUCUAAUGCUUAUAUCACUGAUGAUGCUGGUGCCACGUUCAAUAAAUUAAUGGCUAAUGUGAGAACUUGUGAUUAUGUUGGAGCAGUAUUAGAAUCGGGAGAUCAUGAAUUAAUUUAUUGUUCCGGACAAAAUUCUCUUGACAAUAAUAAUAAUAAUAAAAAUAAAAAUAAACUUGCCUUGUUUAGCUUGAAGGAAUCAUCACUGGAAGAGCCUAAAAAAAUAUUUGAAAAUAUUGUCGGUUAUGCAAUUACUGGAACUUAUGUUGUUGUUGCCACUAUCGAUGACAAGACCGAUUCAUUAUUAUCAAAAGUUACUGUUGAUGGUGACAUAUUUGCUGAUGCUGAUUUCCCUCAUGAUUUAAAAGUGGAACCACAUCAAGCAUUCACAGUAUUGGAUUCAAGUUCUAAAGCUGUAUUCAUGCAUGUCACAACCAAUGAAAAACCAAAUUUCGAAUAUGGUCAACUUCUUAAAUCUAAUUCUAAUGGUACUUAUUUUGUUCUUACUCUUGAUAAUGUCAAUAGAAAUACUGUUGGGUACGUUGAUUUUGAUAAAAUUGAUGGAUUGGAAGGAACUAUUAUUGCUAAUGUUGUUGCCAAUGCUCAAGCUAAUGAAGGUACUAAAAAUUUACAAACAUUGAUUUCUCAUAAUGAUGGUAGUGAAUGGGAUAAAUUAGUACCACCAACUAUUGAUUCUGAAGGUAUAAAAUAUCCAUGUACUGGUCAAUCCUUAAAUAAAUGUGCCUUACAUUUACAUGGAUUUACUGAACGUGCUGAUUAUCGUGAUACAUUUUCAAGUGGGUCUGCUACAGGAUUUUUGAUUGGUGUGGGAAAUGUUGGUGAAUUCUUAACUCCAAUGGAUGACCCAUCAACAGCAACAUUUUUAAGUACCGAUGGGGGUGUUACUUGGAAGGAAAUCAAAAAAGGGGUUUAUAUGUGGGAGUAUGGGGAUCAAGGGACAAUUUUGGUUUUAGUUAAUGCAGUGGAAAAUACUGAUGUUUUGUAUUAUUCAUUAGAUGAAGGCCAAACUUGGAAAGAAUACAAAUUCUCUGAAUAUAAAGUCAAUAUUUAUGAUUUAGCCACGGUUCCUACUGAUACAGCACGUAAAUUUAUUAUAUUUGCUGAAAAUCCAAAGGAUCAUAGAGAUAUACAAACUUUUACCAUUGAUUUCACAAACAUUUACCCUCGUCAAUGUCAAUUAAAUUUAGAUGACCCAGAACAUGAUGAUUAUGAAUACUGGUCACCUACACAUCCAAUUGGUGGUGAUAAAUGUAUCUUUGGACAUGAAUCGAAAUACUUGCGUCGAGCAAAAGGUCAUACUGAUUGUUUUAUUGGUAGUGCUCCAUUAUCUGAAGGUUAUAAAUUGGAGAAAAAUUGUUCAUGUACAAGAAGAGAUUAUGAAUGUGAUUAUAAUUAUGUCAGAGAUGUCAAUGAUAACACCUGUAAAUUAGUGAAAGGAAUGACUUCAGCUGAUAGGAAAACGACCAUGUGUUCUAAAGAAAAUGCUUUCCAAUAUUUUGAAAGUACAGGAUAUAGAAAAAUCCCAUUGAGUACUUGUAAAGGAGGUCAACAAUUUGAUAAUUGGAAUCCUAAACCAUGUCCUGGUAAAGAAAAACAAUUCAACGAAUAUUAUGGUCGUGAAGUUAAAGGACAUAAAUUGUUUUUCUUGAUAUUUAUCCCAUUGAUUAUAUUUUUAGCCACAGUGUUGUUUGUAUAUGAUCGAGGUAUUAGAAGAAAUGGUGGAUUUAAAAGAUUAGGACAAAUUAGAUUGAAUGAUGAUGAUGAUGAUUUCAAUCCAAUUGAAAAUGAUCAAAUAGAUGUUGUUGUCAAUAAGAUUGUUAAAGGUGGUGUUUAUACCGUAGCAGUUUUAAUUGCUACUGUUAAAACAAUUCGAAAAAUUGAUCGUAUGAUGCUUGAAAAAUUGGGUAAUGUCAUUUUUAGAAGAUCACCAGGUCGUAGAAAUUAUGUUUCUGUACCUAAUGAUCUUGAUGAAGAAGAAGAAUUGUUUGGUGACUAUCAAGAUAAUUUGGAUGAUGAAUUAGAAGAUGCGGUGUUUAAUCAAGAUGAUAAUUUAGUAAGAACACCAUUUGCUGAUGAUGUAGAAGAAGAAGAAGAAGAACGUGAAGGUGAAGGUGAAGGUGAACAAUCCAAUCCUAGUGAUGAAAGACUAUUUGAUAUUGAUGAUAAUGAAGAUGAAGAUGAACAACAUGAAGUAAACAAGCCUACAACAUCUUGA